GGGAGGAGCCCCGGCUGCUUGGUGACGUCACAGGCUCCCUCCCGUGAGCCCUCGCGCCGAGCGUUCCCGCGAUCUUCAGGGCAGGGGUUUGGCUCGUCAUGGCUGCUUGCGGGUCGCAGGCGUCUGCCUCCGAGCGAGCCUGGCUUGAGGCUGCCCAGACCUUCAUCCACGAGACCCUUUGUCCAGCCGGCAGAGAACCUAGUCACGAGUUGACACAGGCGGUGAUUGAUUGUGUGAAGAAGACAUGGCUGUCCCAGGGGGAGAACCAGGAUUUUACACUGCCCCUGAGCUACAGCUUCGUCUCAGUACAGCGUCUCAAGAGCCACCAGCGCCUCCCGUGCUGCAGCCACUUGUCCUGGAGCGGUGCUGCUCACCAGGCUUGGUCCCCAGGAGCCGGGCCAGGGGCCAGGGGCCUGCCCCGGGAGCAGCUGUUACUUUUAGGGACACUAAUAGACCUAUGGGGAGAUUUGGACCACGAGUGCAGGAAUGGAAGCCUGUAUGUGAGAGAUAACACUGGAACCUUGGGCUGCGAGCUUAUCGAUCUAGAGCUUUCUUGGUUGGGCCAUCUCUUCCUGUUCCCCAGUUGGAGUUACCUCCCUCCUGCCAGGAGGACUUCCAUGGGGGAAGGGCACUUGGAGCUGUGGGGUACACCUGUGCCAGUAUUUCCUUUGUCUGUCAGUCCUGACCCUCCCAUGCCAAUCCCUGUCCUCUACCCAGAAAAGGCAUCUCACAUGCUCAGAUACAGAAAGAAAGGAAAGCUAAAGGAGCCAAAUGUGGCUGGAACCCUGGUCCGUCUGAGUGCCCUGGUGGUAACUCAGGACAAGCGGUACUUCAUCAUGACGCUUGCGGAAUCACCCCAGGCUGAGGACCAGGCUGACGGCCAGGUGUCCAUCAUCGUACAGGUCCCUGCCCAGAUGGCGUGGUACCGAGUCCUCCGGCCUGGCAGGUCCUAUGUGCUGACAGCAUUGCGGAUAACCAAGAUCCGGGGUCACCACUGCAAUAUUUGGGGAACCAUUCCAUUUUCGACUCUGAUGCCACUGAAACCAGGUACCGUGCAAGAGUUGGACAUAUCGUUCUCAGAAGAUGACCUUAAACCACUGCCGCAGCCUGCCAACGACAGCAGGCGCCAAGAGGGUCGCGUUAGGGAGUCCAAAGUCUUACACUAUUCGGGGACAGUGACGGACGUGUUGAAUGAAGCUGCGGGCCUCUAUGUUCUAGAUGGGCAGCUGGUCCUCUGCCUUGCGCACCAGCAGACCCAUGGCCUCUGGCGGGUGAUUCGACCAGGGGUCUGUCUCGAGCUCCGAGAUGUUCACCUCCUCCAGCCAGAGGGUGGAGGAGCGGCCAGGCCUGUGCUAGCAGUCUGUCUCCGGGGCAGCAUUCUGCUUCAAAGCUUUUCUUGUCUUAAGCCUGAGACUUUGCCGUCCUACAAAGUUAAUGGCACCUCCUUGUAUGAGCAGCUUGUGUGGGAAUGUCACUUAGGACUCCCCUCGUACUUACGGGCUACCAAGGCCCUGGAGGAGCUGGCCUGCAAGCUGUGUCCCCAUGUGUUGAGACAUCACCAGUUCCUGAGGCACUCCUCUCCUGGGAACCCCAGCUUGGCACUGCAGCUCCUGCCGCCCUCCUGGGAUGUUGUCAUUCAGCAUGGUGGCCGCAUUCGGAAUGCGUUCAGGGAGGUCCUAGAAGAGCCACACAGCUGUCCCCAUCAGAAAUACGCUCCGCUGCAGACACCCUGCUCCUUCCCUACUCUGCGUGCCCUGGAGGAGGAAGGGCAGCGCAGGGCUUGGGCUUCCUUUGACCCAAAGGCCCUUCUGCCUCUCCCAGAAGCUGCUCACCUGACCAGCUGCCAACUGAACCGCCAUCUAGCCUGGUCCUGGCUCUGUGUGCCAUCCUGUGUGUUCCAGCCAGCCCAGGUUUUACUUGGGGUGCUGGUAGCUUCAUCUCGUACAGGCUGUCUGCAGCUCCGGGACCUCACAGCUUCAUUACCCUGUAUGCCCUUGACUGAGCAUUCACAGCCCGUCACUGACCCGAAGCUCAUAGGCUGCCUGGUACGGGUAGAGAAAUUCCAGAUGGUGAUAGAGAGAGAGGUCAGGAGCACCUUCCCUUCCUGGGAGGAGUUGGGUGUGGCGAGUUUCAUCCAGAAGAAGCAAGCCAGAGUCUAUGUCCAGUUCUACCUGGCUGAUGCCCUGGUCCUGCCCGUGCCCAGACCUGCCUCUGAUGCAGAACUGCCUCAGACAGACACCUCUAGCCCAGAGGGACCCUGUAUGGCACAGAGCCGGCUCUUCCUGCUGUCCCACAAGGAGGCCCUCAUGAAGCGUAAUUGUUGUGUCUUUCCGAGAGGCACGUCACAGCCUCCAGAGCCCACCCUGAGUUUCCGUGCAUCAGGAACUUGGCUUGGUGGCAAACAGAGGAAGGAAGGUUCUGGAUGGGGCCCACCUGAGACUCUGGGAGUUGAAAACAAGGACCAGAAGGCCUUCCUCCUCUUCCUCGGCUCUUCAGUUCGAUGGUUUCCCUUCUUGUACCCACACCAAGUCUACCGACUCUUGGCUCCUGGCCCCGAGCAGACACCACUGCUGUUCGAGGCAGAGCGCUCACCCAGCACUUCUCACCGUCCUCUGGAAUUGGCUGACAACGUGUCGUGCCUCACUGUUCAAAAGGAAUGGGCCCUGGAACUUGUCAGCUCUCAGGACAUACCUAAUGUCCCAGAGGUCUCCAAAGCACUGCCUGAGUCCUCGCUGACCCACCUUCUCAGUGACAGCUCCCCCAGUUCCUUGGUGUCUUUCUCUGCUGAGAUUUUGUCACGGGUACUGUGUGAACCACCUCUGGCCCUUCGCCGGAUAAAGCUUGGAGAUGCUGGGGCUAUUAAAAGCGGUGUGAAGCUCACAGUAGCCCUAGAAAUGGAUGGCUGGGAGUACCCCCCUCACCUGGACGUAUACAUCGAAGAGCCACACUUGCCUCCCCAAAUAGGACUCCUUCCAGGAGCCCGAGUCCACUUUAGCCAGCUGGAGAAAAAGAUUUCCAGAUCCCAGGUUGUUUACUGCUGUUUCCGGCCGUCCACUUCUGUGCAGGUCCUGAGCUUCCCCCGAGAGACCAAAGCCAGCACUCCCCUGCCCCACAUCUACCUGGCUGAGCUUCUUCAAGGUGGCCGGGCUCCAUUCCAGGCCACUGCCUCUUGCCAUAUUGUUUUUGUCCUGAGCCUUCAGAUCCUGUGGGUGUGUGCCCACUGCACCAGCAUCUGUCCCCAGGGGAAGUGCAGUCGUCAGGACCCCAGCUGCCCUGCUCAGAGGGCGGUAAGCCAGGCCAGCAUCAGGCUCCUGGUAGAAGAUGGCACCGCGGAAGCCACGGUGACCUGUAGGAACCAUCACGUGGCAACAGCACUAGGGCUGAGUCCCAGUCAGUGGUCGUCAGUCCUAGAGUGUGCACGAGGGCCAGGGAGAGUGGCCGUGCAGUUUACAGGGCCAGGAGUCCAGACAGAGUCUCCAAGCACAAGCCAUGAGCCCCUGGCUGGGCUCCUCUGGACACUUUGUUCCAGCCCCUUCGUCCUCCGGCCCGUUAAGCUUUCCUUUGCUCUUGAAAGGAGACCCUCUGAUAUUACCCCACCAGAAGCGCCCCGGCUGCAGCAGUUCCAGUGUGGAGAGCUCCCUCUGCUGACCAAAGUGAACCCAAGGCUCCGACUGGUCUGCUUGUCUCUGCAGGAGCCCUAGCUCCCCAGCCCUCCAGAAGUUUCUGCUGCUUCCUCUUGACCCACACUGCUUAAGGUGACCUCACAGUGCUUCCAGGACUGCAGACACUGGAGCCACCAACUACAACCCUCCUGUGACGUCUAGUACUCUAGUGCCAGCCCACCUUGGCACACACUGUGAGAACUGCAAACCCCAGCCGUGGGGUUAGAGCCUCGGCACUCAGGUGGCCCCGCGGAGAGCCUGGGAAGCAGAACACAAAGCUUGCCUCUUCUGACCGCGCUGUGAUAGGCCCUGUGGGCUGCAAUAAACCUCUCUGAGGACUUUCUGACCUAUGUUCACCUCUGAGUGCCGUACUAGACGCACUCCCUAC